ACGAGCGCAAGAUAUCCGUUAGAAUUCCAUAACAUUUAAAUUGUAUUGUUGCCUGUGAAAAAAGGGUUUUAACUGUUAUAUGUUAGGGAAAAAAUUUCUACAAUGGAUUUCAGAUGAUUCUCUACAAUUUGCUGAAGUAAAGGGCGAAUCUGUGAAUGGAGAAUCCUCAUUUGAAUGGUAAUAUUGUGGAUGUAUAAAGUGCAAUCCUAUAGGACCAGUGAGAAAGGACAGAAUGCUGUGAAUUCAAAAUGGAUCGAACAAGUUGAAAUUUUUUCUACCUUCUUCUAAGGGAUAUAAACAAUGAAUGUGAAAAGUUGUUUAUGUCUUCUCUCCUUGUAGUUUCCUGUAUGGAUCCUGUACCUAAAUUUUACUUCACAACAAUGGUUUCCUGACUGUUAUAAGGAGAUUCAAAGUUUAUGUACUUCACAUUAUUUUGCGUCAAUAUUUCAAAAUUUUUGAAAAAAAUCAAUUUAUCAACAACAAUGCUUUGUGAAAGAACAAGUUCAUUGACACAAGCCACGUGUGGCAAUAUUGAAUGGAACCAUUCAUCGAAAACAUCAAGUAGAAGGAGAACUUGGUCGUUUCACAACAGUACUUCCUCAAACACAUUUCAUUCAAAUAAGGAGAUGAAUCAAAAGAAUAACGAAGGUGUAAUUUCCCAGAGGACAUCUUGUCUUUCAUGGAGGAGAAGUUGCGUGCUUAGGUUAUACAACCCAGCCAUCUCAUUAUUUGUACUCUUACUCAUUUCAGGACUUGACAUUAGUACCACCACAGCGGAGAAAUAUAUUGACAUUGAUGCCUACAUCAGAUACAACUCUGUCUCAGACGCCAGCCUUAACCAACUGAGGGGUGCUGAGCAGGUGCUAGAGUUCAGCUUCCGGUACUGCCAUGAUCCAGGGAUGCUGAUCUACCAGGAGGGGGGUAACACCGAAGCAGAGAGGGGUCUUUUCUUUGCCCUAGGGGUUAAUAAUCAGAGGCUUUAUCUAGAAUGGAAGGUGGAAGCAGAUUCACUGGUAGAGCUGUAUAUCGGAGACGGUACAUUAGAACCCAACGUGACAUAUAGCGUGGCCAUCUUUAAUCUUGGAAGUGCGUUCACCGGAACGACCUUUGCCACCAUUAACAACAUUGCUGCUCCGGUCAAUUACUUGACCCCUGAAUCCCAGAGUGCACUGGACAUGACCCGAAUACUGGGGGUCUUGUACAUUGGGGGCUACAGUGAUAUCACUGAGUUGAGGGUGAAUACUGAGAGACUAAAUGGCUACCUGGUGACCUGUAUCGGCUACGUCAAGACCAGUUCCAACCUCCUGGACCUGGACACCGCCUCCAGUCUGGUCGGUAUCAAGGAGGGGUGUCCGGGGGACUUCUGCGCCCCUCCCACCGUCAUCACCCUCCAGACCAGCUCCUCGUACCUUGCUGUGGACCAGGAUCUGACGCCGGGGACCCACACGGUCCUGACGCUGAGGUUUAGAACAAGAGUUUCUACUGGAAUGAUCUUCUACUUUGGAGGCCCGGCGUAUUUGACCUUGUACAUGAAAGAUGGUAGACUCGUCCUGGGUUUGAAUACAAGGGGAACUGGUGAAGGGGCCUUUAACACGACAACGGUUUCUGGUUUUGAUAAUGGAGAGUGGCACUAUGUGAGGAUAAGAAGAGAUGGAGCUGUAGCAUCUCUGGAGGACGAUACAGGAGCAAAGCUAGCCAGAGUCACUUAUUCUGGUUUAGCCCAGACCCUGAAUGCUGGAGAGCUCUUCAUUGGUGGUGUCAGGGAUACUAACACCAUCACCCAACCCUUCCCAGAAACCAAUCUUCCGUCAUUGAGGGCGUGCUUUGAAGAGCUUCGUUUCGUCACCUACAGCAUCUCCUCGGAACCCCCAGAGUUGAUCGAUUUUGAUACUCAGUUCACAUCAGAAAGGAAUGUCUCCCACGGUGGGUGCUACCCCUCCCAGCUGUGUGAGCCGACCUGCCCUGCCCCCUCCCAGACGUGUGACUUUGACUGCAGCUGUGCCUCUGGGUUCCGUCAGGUCUCCAGCGCCCCUCUCUCAUGUGAAAACAUCAAUGACUGUUUACCAGAUCCUUGUCUUAAUGGUGCAACCUGUAUGGAUGGUAUACAGGAUUAUACAUGUCAAUGUACAUUGGAAUUCAAUAAGGGAAAGAACUGUUCCAUCCCAAACUUCUGCAUCCCUGACCAGUGCCAGAAUGGAGCCACUUGCAAUGACAACAUAGAGGGAUUCAACUGCACAUGCCCACCAGGAUUUGAAGGUCAACUAUGCGAGACUGAAAUCGAUGAGUGUCUGAGUGACCCCUGUCGUAAUGGCGCCAUGUGUGUCGACCUUGUUGCUAGUUUUGACUGCAACUGCCUUCCAGGUUACACUGGAGUUCAAUGUGAGCUUGAGAUAGAUGAAUGUGCCUCUGAUCCUUGCUUUAAUGGAGCGACUUGCAAUGAUUACCUCAACUACUGGAACUGUACAUGCGCACCAGGAUGGGAAGGGAGACGAUGCGGCAGGAACAUCGAUGAGUGCGUCUCUGAUCCUUGCCUCAACGAGGCAACAUGUGAGGAUCUAGUCAACGCGUAUGUCUGUGACUGCGCACCAGGUUGGGAGGGCAUUCACUGUGAGGGAGACAUCGAUGAGUGCUCUUUUGGCUUCUGCCAGAAUGGAGCGACCUGCUUCCAUGGCAUCAACUCCUACACCUGUACGUGCCCCGAUGGAUGGCAGGGAAAGAACUGCUCAGUAGAGGUGGAUGAAUGCGCCUCUCAACCCUGUCUGAAUGGAGCAACCUGUGAGGAUGCUUUCCUCAGAUAUACCUGCUAUUGCGCCGCUGGGUUUACUGGAGUGCACUGUCAAGUGGAUAUUAAUGAAUGUGCCUCUGAUCCUUGCCUGAACGCUGGAACCUGCAUCGAUGAGGUCAAUGGCUACCGCUGCGAAUGCCUACCUAUCUGGUCAGGGAUCAACUGCCAGGUGGAACGUGAUGAAUGUGAAUCAAAUCCUUGCAGGAAUGGAGCGACUUGCAAUGAUCUCGUUGGCUUUUACACCUGCGACUGCGCUCCUGGUUUUGAAGGCGUGAACUGUGAAGGGAAUGUGGACGAGUGCGCCAGUUCUCCUUGUCGGAAUGGCGCUAUUUGCUUGGAUAGUGCCAACCGCUUCUCCUGCCGAUGUGCACCCGGGUUUAUGGGAGUUCUCUGCGAGGUGGAGAUCAACGAGUGCCUGUCUGGGCCAUGUGUCAAUGGUGCCACCUGCCAUGACCUUGUCAACAUGUUUGUCUGCGAUUGUCCUUUGGGAUACGCUGGGAUCUUCUGCUCUCAAGACAAAGAUGAAUGUGCCUCACAACCUUGCCUUAAUGGAGCAACCUGUAUUGACUUCUUCAACCGCUAUGAGUGUGAGUGUGCACCAGGUUUCGAAGGAACAUUCUGCGAGACGGACAUAGACGAAUGCAUUGUUAACAACCAGUGCCAAAAUGGUGCAACGUGUGUUGAUGGUAUCAACAGCCAUACCUGCGUUUGUGGACAGGGAUUUGAAGGCACCUUUUGUGAACAAGAUAUCAAUGAGUGUCUUUCAUCCCCUUGUGCCUUUGGAGGGCAGUGUAAUGACCUUCCUGGAGCAUUCUCCUGUGACUGUCCUCCAAAUUUUACGGGAGUGCAAUGUGAAAUGGAUGUGAAUGAGUGCCUUCUACACAAUGGAGGAUGCCACCCUACACAAACCAGAGUGUGUAACAACACCUUUGGAGGAUUUCAAUGCUUGUGCAGUCCAGGUUUUGAAGGAGAAAUCUGUGACAUUGACAUCAACGAGUGUGCCAGCAACCCCUGCCUCUUUGGAGGGGCCUGUGUGGAUGGUCCUAAUUCCUAUUCCUGCCGAUGUGGAUCAGACUUCAUCGGAAGCCAGUGCCAGGCCUUGGUCAGGCAGUGUAACUUCAAUCCUUGUGGAUUCAAUUCUGUCUGUGUGGAAACUCCCUCGGGGGGUUAUACAUGUUAUUGUCAGCCAGGAUACCACGGCACAGACUGUAUGAUGGAGAUCAAUGAAUGUAACUCGGACCCCUGUAUGAAUGGCGCCCUCUGUACAGAUCAAGUCAACGGCUACAAUUGUUCAUGUACUCCAGGUUAUGAGGGUAUAAACUGCCAAAUUGACACCCCAGAAUGUGCCAGCUUUCCUUGCCAGAACGGGGGCUACUGUACAGAGCCCUCAGUCAAUGCCUAUGAUUGCCAGUGUAUACCAGGAUUUGAGGGAAUAAACUGCGAGAUCAACAUAGACGAGUGCUCCCUCUUUAAUCCAUGCCAGCAUUACCAGAUCUGUGUGGAUGGGAUCAACAGCUUCCGAUGCCAGUGUCCCAAUGGAUUUGAAGGCCCUUUGUGUGAGUUCACCAUCAAUUCUUGCUUCAGCAAUCCUUGUGUCAAUGGAGCAACCUGUGUGGAUGGUAUAUACCGCUACGACUGUGUCUGCCCUUACGGUUACACUGGAGUCAAUUGUCAAAUUGACACCGAUGUGUGCGACCCGCAGCCUUGCUUCCAUGGUGGUACGUGUGUCAGGUUUCCGAGCAACGGAUUGGACUUCACAUGUCAGUGUAAGGCAGGAUUUACAGGUCCUCGAUGUGAGGGAGACAUUUACGAUUGUCUGUCGGACCCCUGCCAGAAUAAUGGAACAUGCGUAGAGAACACCAAUGGGAUAUCGGGGUUCACGUGUGAAUGCCAACCAGGAUACGUGGGUCAUUUCUGUCAGGAGAUCUUUGUUCCGUGUUCAUCAGACCCAUGUAUGAACGGUGCCACAUGUCAAAAUACAACUAGAGGCUUUGAAUGCAUUUGUCAGUCUGGCUGGACCGGCAUGGUGUGUUCAGACGAUGUGAACGAAUGCAUCACAUCCCCUUGUGAGAACACAGGCGUCUGUAACAACAUGAGAGGGUCCUACCAGUGCAUCUGCGGCCCGUACUGGAGCGGGGUCCACUGCCAGAAUGAUGUCUUAGAGUGUUCCACCAUCCCUCCCAUCUGCCAGAAUGGGGGCUUAUGCAAGGAGCAGCCAGGGGCGGGCCCGGUGUGCGAGUGCAUAGUAGGCUUUGAGGGUCCUACCUGCGAUAUGGAAGUAGAUGAAUGCACGUCGGGGCCGUGUGUGAAUGGCGCUACCUGUCAUGACUUGGUGGGGAGCUUUUUCUGUGAAUGUGUCCCAGGUUAUGAAGGAUCCUUAUGCCAGAUUGACAUUAAUGAAUGUGAGAGUUCUCCAUGUCAGAACAAUGCAACUUGUAUUGACCUUGUCAAUAGCUAUGUGUGUACCUGCAUCGAUGGUUUCAAUGGCACAAACUGUGGAUCUGAGUUGGAUGAAUGCUCCUCCAAUCCCUGCAGUAAUGGAGGAACUUGUAUCAAUAUGAUCAAUGGAUAUACUUGUGAUUGCGCUCCAGGUUUUCAAGGUAUCCACUGUAUGGUCGAGAUUGAUGAGUGUGCUUCAAAUCCUUGUCUGAAUGGAGCAACCUGCAUGGAUCUCAUCAAUGGAUAUAACUGCGCCUGCUCAGCUGGCUAUCAAGGGUUGAUCUGUGAUCAGGAGAUUGAUGAGUGCUCAUCGAAUCCUUGCAUGUUUGGAGUUUGCCAUGAUUUCUUGGACUUCUAUAACUGUACAUGUGACCCUGGUUAUGAAGGAUUGCACUGUGAGCUAGACAUUGAGGAGUGUGCUUCAAAUCCCUGCAGCAAUGGAGCCACUUGCCUGGAACCACAGAUUAACAUGUACCAAUGCAGCUGUGCACCGGGUACCUUAGGUCCCCUCUGUGGUACCGUCAGUCAGGCCAGCUUUACUGGGUCAGGCUACAUCCAGCUACCACCCCUGGCCCAGCUGGCCCUGGAAGGCACCAGUAGUGGUAAUGUCGGUAGGCGCCGCCGUGCUGUGGAUAGGGUCACCAUUGAGUUCAGCUUUGUGACCACUUUGCCAGAAGGUGUUUUCCUCUACAAUGAAGGGUUGCAGUCCAAUGGCUACAUUGACCACCUUGUCCUUGAGCUGUAUCAAGGUUCAUUAGUGGCUUCCAUGAAUAUCGGCAGUGAGUCCGUUACCACAACUGCCAGUGGGAAUCUCAACGAUGGCACUCCUCACAAGGCAGUACUCACCCUCGACGGGACAACACUCUCGGUCACAGUCGAUGAGAGUAGUUGCCAAGAGGAACCAUGUUCAGUCAGCAUACAACCGACUGUAGCAGGAGGCCCUCUAGAGUUGAACGAGGCUUUGAACGUUGGUGGCAUUGGACCAGAAGCAUCCCCAUACAUUUUAUCAAAGUUGAAGUCUGUGGAGAGCUUCAUUGGCUGUAUACAGGAUUUCAAAGUGAAUAACCAGCUCCAGAGUUUGUCCCAAGCUGCUCCCACCAACCUUUCACCUAACUCUAAAGCUACCUCUGGACCGACCCCUGGCUGUGUCAUCUCCACCCCUUGCCAGACCUCACCUUGCCAAAACGGAGGCACUUGCAUUGACUUCUGGUUGUCCUACAAGUGUUCCUGCCCUCUUGGCUUCGAGGGCACCUACUGCGAGAUCCAGACCCUGGCCAGCUUCCAGUCCGAUCAGUUCCUGCACUUUGGAGCAGAUGCUGCAGGCUUGGCUGCCGAAGCGGCUGUGGAUACUAUCAAGUUUUCCUUCACAGCAGGUAGCCCCGACCAAGGCCUCAUCAUGUACAUGCCAUCUGGUCUGACCAUCUCCCAGGCUGGGAAUACCUCAUUAAUCAUUCGGUUUUUAAGGCUUGGUGGAGUCUUGUCCAGUGAGAUCCCUGUUCCAGUCAGUAACGGUAGAUGGUAUACAGUAGAACUCAGCAUCGUUGAACAGCUUCAACUUGUGAUAAAAGUGACUGAUAUUGAGUCUGGAGUGAUCCAGCAAGGUACAAUAUUAGCACCGCCCUCUAUUGACCUUGCAAUGCCAGUCCUCUUUGGUAAGCUACAUCCUGGAGGUGUCUUUGUGCCACUGUCCACUGAUCUGCCAACAACAUCAAGUUUCACAGGAUGUAUCCGAGAUCUAUUUAUCAAUAGCAGAGGGGUGGAGCUUCAGGAGGCCACACCGUAUGGAUCACGGAGUGACCCCCCUCAAGCCUCCCCAGGGUGCCCUAGGGAGGGGCAAUGCUUCCCCUCCCCCUGCCAGAAUUCAGGGACAUGCCAACCCAGCUGGGAGUGGUACUCCUGCGACUGUACACCAGACUUCUUGGAACCAAACUGCGCUGAAGCCUCAGCAUCCACCUACAAUGGGCUAUCAAGCUACACUCGGAUGGUAUUAGACUCUGGAAUCAUCCCCUUUGGGGAUAGCUUCUCCAUAGAGUUCCGCACCAGGGACCGGUCCGGGAUCAUCUUACUGAUGCGGUUCUUCCAUCUCAGCGAUGGUCAGGUAGAUGACAUGGUUCUUCUCCUCGUUGAUGGUGACCUCCAGCUGCAAACAUACUUUGAAGCAGACCUGAAGACACUCAUUAUAUCCGACGACGUCACCAAUGCAGAGUGGCAGACUGUAUCAUUCGAUAGACACCAGUCCUACAUAACGGUACACCAUGGGGCGAAGAAUUACACCCAUGUAGGGAACUUCCCGAUCCAUAGUGAGACCAGGAACCCCAUCAUUGCUAUGCUCUUAGGAGGGACAAACACACCAGGUUCCCCACCAGACAUGUUCUUCCAGGGCUGUAUCCGCAACCCUACGGUCAGUGGUCAAAGACUUCACUACCUCUCGGACCAGACUAACCCCCAACCAGGCUUGACGGUCAACCGUCUCAGUGUUCAGAGUGGCUGCAACUCACUGGACGUCUGUAAUCCAGAUCCUUGUCCAUCAACGGCUUACUGCAUUGACCUGUGGAAUGACUAUCGGUGUGAUUGCAGAGAUGGAUGGGAGGGAGCUGGCUGUGGCACAAGCAUAGACGACUGCAUUGGUAACCAAUGUCAGAGAGGUUCAACCUGUGUUGAUGGUCACAUGAACUAUACUUGUAUCUGUCCAGCUGGCCUGACCGACUCUCGAUGUAAUACUGAGAUCAAUGUUUGUGAAAACAACCCCUGUAAUGCUGACACUACAGUGAUCUGUACCCUUGUCUUUCCAUUAGACUUCAUGUGCACCUGUCAACCGGGUUUCACGGGAAAGACCUGUCUGACAGAUGAAAGGAUCUGUACUCAGAAUCCCUGUGUGAACAGUGGGGUUUGCGCUCAAAAUUACGAAAACACAGAGUAUAACUGUACAUGUCCAGAUUUCUAUGAAGGAACGGACUGCGAGAUCUUCAACCCUUGUUUCCGUCAUGAAUGUGUUAAUGGUGCUGUAUGCAUCAGGAAUGAAUCGUACUACCUGUGCAACUGUCGAGGCGGAUAUUACGGGAACUUCUGCCAGUUGACUGAUGGUUGUUUUGCAGACCCAUGCCAGAACGGAGGGACGUGUCUUCGAGAUGGCAAUAGCUACACCUGCCAGUGCAACCGAUACUACAGAGGACGCAACUGCGAAGAGCCUAUCAACCAGUGUGACGUCAAUCCAUGUGCCAAUGGAGGCUCUUGUUUCCACGAUCUGCAGAUGCCAGAGGUGAAUUUCACCUGCGUGUGCCUUGCAGGGUACACGGGUGACCUUUGUCAGUUUGACAUUGCAGAGUGUGAGUCCAACCCUUGCAAGAAUGGAGGAACCUGCAUGGAGAGUUUGACACCAGGACAACAUUUCUUUGUAGGUUACUUCUGCCAGUGUGUACCUGGUUACACUGGAACCCACUGUGGACAGGACAUAGACGAGUGCAGCAGCUCACCUUGCAUCAAUGAGGGAACUUGCAUUGAUUUGGUAAAUCAGUACCAGUGCCAGUGUCCAGUGCAUUUUGGCGGGACAAAUUGCCAGCUUGAUCAGAGGACGUGUGGGUUAGGUUUAUGCCAGAAUAAUGCAACAUGCACAGACUUUCUGAAUAAUGGCUUUGAGUGCAAUUGUCCACUGGGUUAUGGGGGAACCCUUUGUGACAUGAUCAUAAAUACGUGCGCAAACAACCCUUGCCUGUAUGGCGGAAGUUGCAGUUUUGUUGGACCAUGUGACUGCACCACAGCACCCAUGGGAUUGACGGAGUGUGGACAGAAUGAAAACUGCCUGCGCAACCUGUGCUCCCAGGCACAGGACUGCAGCGUGAAUGCUGAUGCCUUCGUAUGUGACUGCACAGACACUGGCUACGAGGGUCGUCUCUGCGAAGAGGAUGUCAAUGAGUGCCUGUCACCGGGAGUUUGUCUCAAUGAAGGUCAAUGCAUCAACGAAAAUGGAACGUUCUCCUGCAACUGCUCUGGAACGGGAUUCAGCGGAGACUUCUGCACCAGAAACAUAAAUGAAUGCGAGUCACAACCCUGUCUCAAUGGUGCUACCUGUAUAGACAAUAGACCAUUCUUUGAAUGCAAGUGUGCUUCUGGGUACGAAGGGCCACUUUGUGGAAUCGAUUCGGAUGAAUGCGCCAGUCAGCCAUGCCAGAAUGGCGGGAAGUGUGAAGAUCGAGUGAACGGCUACAGCUGCGACUGUGUUAAUACAGGCUAUGAAGGAUCUCAGUGCAUAGUGGAUGUCAAUGAAUGUGAUAUUGGACAAGCUGAAUGUGAGAACGGAGCUACCUGCAGAAACAUUGAAGGGUCAUAUGAGUGCAGAUGCUCAGAGCAAUUCACAGGUACACGGUGUGAGACUGCAUUGGCAGCUGUGGCAUCCAACCAGAUCGUAAUCAUUGUCCCGCUUGUCAUCGUUCUGGUCCUUCUGGUUGUUCUCAUCAUUUGUGGAUGGUGGUACCUGAGACAAUCCAGGAAAAUGAAAGGCAAAUACAACCCAGCUAAGGAAGAGUUAGAUGGAGGCAUGCCAUUGGCUGCUUUUGAACUGGAGACAGAUGAGAGGCUUAUAUGAGGGUUUCUGAUUGAUGGAUUUAGGAAGAUGUGUGCCAAACCAAGAAGGAAAGAGUUGGAGGCAUGUCAUUGGCUACUUUUGACUUGAAACUGAUGUGAGGAUUAUAUGAGGCAUUCAGAUUAGUGGAUUUAGGAAGAUGUCUGGAGAUUGAUGAGAGGCUUAUGUGUGAAGGUCUGUGAUUGGUGGAUUUAGGAAGAUAUGGGCAAAGUCAAGAUAUAAUUAGAUGGAGGCAUGCCAUGGGCUGCAUUUGCAUUGGAGUUAGAUGAGAGGCUUAUAUGAGGGAUUCUGAUUUGUGGAUAUAGGAAGAUGUGGGCCAAGCCAAGUAAGAAUUAGUGGAGGCAUGUUGUCAGUUGUUCUUUAAAUGGAAACUGAUGAGAGAGUGGUGUUAAGGGAUUCUGAUUGGUGGAUUUGGGAAGAUGUGGUCCUAGCCAGAAAAAAAAGAGGUAGAUGUAGGCAUGCUAUUGGCUGAUUUUCAACUGAACACAGAUAAAAAGCUAUGUAUGGGUUCAUCAUCAUGAUAAUUGAUUUAAGAUAACGUUUCAUGAAACACUUCAGUACUAAGUUGUCAUUCUCUGACAGUUUACCAGUGCAUCUCAGCCAAAUAAUACCAAGACUUUCACAUAAUUUAUUUAGAGCUGACAACUUAAUAUGAAACACCCUAGGUCAACAAGCCAGUAGAAUUAAUACCAGUGUAAAUCCAGCUGCAUUGAAGAACAGUUUGUAACUUUUUUAAAGAAUACUCCUCUUUAGCAUGUUCUGUUGGUAAAACAAAAGCAUGACAUUGGCUACAUUGGAUCUAGAGAUAAUGUCAGUUUUAUAUGAAAUGAUGUUCCACUGGCUGGUAAAGAAAUACCAUGACUAGAACAGCUUGAUGGAGAGUGAUAGAGGUUAUGAAAUUUAAAUGUAUUUAACAGAAUGGGGACCUAAUAGGCUAUAUCUAAGCAACAGAAUGAAAUUACACAUUGUUUUUGUACCUAAAGAUACGAAAGUGCUAGUACAGUAUUAAGUUAGAUUUUAGGAACUACUGACUGGAUAAAUAUGUGGACCAAAGGGAUAGUUAAUCCUUCAUGAAAUUGAAUAAGUUAAAAAGAAUGGAUUGAAUUCAUGAUUGUUCACAUUUCCCAUUUAUACACCUAUUCACCAAAAUGUUAAAACUCAAAGUGAAAAUCAUUACGAAUACAAUAUAUUGCAGUUGCAGCAACCAAAAUUUUUCAAAAAACGAUUCUAAUUUUAUUUCAAUAAUUCAUCAAGGUCUAUUUGGUUUGAAGUUCCCCUUUAAGUUCAAGGUGUUACUAACUACCAUAUACAUGUAUCACAGUAAAGUAUGUUACUUUCUAAUUUAUACCAGGUGCUUGUUAUUUUAUAUUUUAUCUGACGUUGUAUUUCGCAUUAGAAAUAUUUUGAUGUGUGUUCAUCAAUGGAAAUAUUCUAUAAAGGCCAUAUCAACAAUCAAUGUCAAGUUUAUAAUAGUAAAGCUGAAUAAAAGUGCUUUUUUUAUCAUUCACUGUGACUUUGAAGGCAGAAGUUAUUUACAUGCACUUCUUUAAAAUAGUAUUUCAUCUGAAUGCAUUCAUAUAUAUAGUAUUUUUACAGAUAUUUUAGUAAAGCUUUUUAAUAUUUUCAGGUUCCCCAACCGUUUAAAGAUGAUGUCUUUCUUAAGUUCUUUUGAAUUCACCUUGACAAAUUUUUGUAAAAACCAUGCAAUACACUUUCUACUCAAAAUUUAUUAAAAUCCUAUUCUAUUUUUAUUUAUCAAAGACUUAACAUUUUUUACUUAACCUCCUUAUAUAUUUGUAAUGGAUUUAAAACAUGAAUGAAAUUUGUACUUUGAAGCUGCAAAUUUAUUUAGUUUUUGUUCCCUGUUGUCUUCAUGUCAAAAUCAUUUCUACUUAUUAUGCAUAAAGGACUUCAUCAUUAUUUGGCCAAAUUCAUUUCCAAUAUAUUUUGGUGUUGCUUUUAUAGCCAUGUCCCUUUCAUACAGAUAGUGGUCAACAUUUCUACUUGUAUAGUGCAAGGGUACAAAAUACAGAUAUUAAAAUCAAAUGCCUAUUUUUUUUUUUUUUUAUUCUGAAGAUGAAUUUAUUUUAUUCAAAAGAAAAUAUGAUGGUAACAGCUUUUUUUUUUUCUUUUCUUUUAAUCCCAAGUCCAAACAGAACACAGAGCGCUUAGAAACACCAGUAGUAAGCGCCUUAUAAAUGUUAUGUAUUAUUAUUAUUAUUAACAGCUCCAAAAAUCUUUAGCAUGGGACUGUUACACUGUCAUGAGAAUGUUUGUGUUGUGAGGAAUUUUAUUACAAUAUCACUCCAGGCUGCUAUGACAUUUGAAACAAAAGUAGUAACACAAAUUUAUGGCUCAGUUUUAUUGUCUGCAGAGGUUUGUAUUUUCACAUUUUUUGUGAAUAUAAAUAUUUCUUCCAGUUCCACUUCCCAAAUGUGCAAUUGCCUUAAUGCUUUUUUUUUUCAUUUUUUAUAUGGACAAGUUCACCUUGACAAUAGAGCAAUAUCAAGAGCUACAAGUAUUUUCUAUAUGCAUAUUUUUGUGUGAGGAUGAUUUUUAAUUCAAAAUUCAUGUGCAUGAGUACGAAAUCCGAAUCAUGACUUGAAAUUGAGCAAAAAUUGUUUAUUUUGAUGUUAGCUCUUGAAUGAGGCUGAAAAAUAUAUUAUAACAUGGGUAUUUGUGUGUGUUUUACAGGAUUUUCAUUCAGGAUAUUGUUUCAAUCUGUGAAAUGAUUUGAAUCUGAAAUAUUAUUCAUGCUGAGAUUAUAGUUAUAGAAGAAUCAUGGUACAAUUUUGAAGGCUCUGCAUAAAAAAAUGUUGGACCAAAUGCACAUUGCUUGUUACUAAAUGACCAAAAUUGACUAAUUUUAGUAUUCAUUAGGAAGUAUUCAAAGAUGUGUUACUGUUUAUUAAUAUUCACCAUGGCUGUUCAAGAUUAAGGUACAUAUUGAAAUUACAUGUAGUAUGAGGCUUUGGUUAUUUUGGCUUGUUACAUAAUCAUUAAUGGCUCAACAAUAUUCAACAAUACAUUUGGUUUUUAGUUUUAUCAUUAGAGGCUCAAUAUCUUUUUUGUGUGUCUGUUUUUUAUGUUUUUUGUUAUGGCUGUAUUGUUGAUGUAAUGAAUAUAAUGUUUGGUAAUUAUCAAAUGUACGUGUGCUGCCCAUCUAUUGUCUAGUCUAUGAAUAUCAAUCCAUGUUUAUACUGCUUUUCAAACUUAUGCAUUUCAUUGUGUGAUGUGAGCUUAUUACAACUCUGAUAUUGUGAGUAUAUAAUGAUAUAUUUGUGUAUGAUUAAAUUAUUUGUAUAUAUUAUAAACUACAUGUAUUUACUUAUAUAGGUAUUUUGAUACCAGUACAAAAAAAAUGCAACAAAAUUUACAUCAUGUCUUUGUGGGAGGAGUCCAUCCUUCAGUGAUUGUUAUUGGAAUGUUGAAAUAUUAGGGGAAAAGAGACAAAUUACUUAUUUUGUAAUUUACAAAUAUGUAUCUGAAAACUCUUUAUGGCAGGCCAUUGAGACUUAUUUACUAUUUUGGGUGGUAACAUCAUAAUCAACCCCUGUUUUGACUUUAGAUUAUAUAAGAAUUUGUCAACACUUCUCUAAUGCUAAAUUUCAUCAUAUUUAUAUUAUUUCAUAAAAAAAUACAUAAUGUAACAAUUAAUGGAAUUCAUUCUACACCCAUAGAUCCCUUUUUCUUUUGAUCAAAUUCAUUUUGGGUCAGCUGCAGACUGUAAUGAUUUAUGCUAGGUGAAUGACUUGCUGCCAACUGGUGUCUGGCACUCCAUAAAACUUUGGUCCGAAUUCUCUUUUCACAUGUAUAGAUUUUAUCAUGUUAUAUAUUGUGCCUCAUACUUGUAAACAUGGACUUUACAGCGACCACUGUUUUUCAUGCAUGGUUGUUACGGUAUGAAGUAUUUCUGAAUGUCAAAAACUACAAUUUUUUUAAUAGAAUUAGGGUUAACUUAUACCUUGGUCACAUUUGUUCUACGGCGGCCGUACGGCGAGUCGAAAACAGUUGUUUUAUUCAUUUUUAUUCAAAUCACCUAUAUGUAGCUGGUACAAAAAAAAAUUAAAACGGCUGUUUUCGACUCGCCGUACGCAGCAUCAAAUACAUUUCAUUUCAAUUUAAUCUAAAUUAUUAAUUAUUCUGUUUAUGUGUACUUGAAAUUAUUUUAAUAUGUGAGUAAUGAAAUAUAAAUCGAAUACAGUAAAAUUUAAUUACCUUGCCUUUAAUGUGUAAAUGUCAGACCACUAGGUUCUUGUAUUGUAAAGCAUUGUGAUAAUAAGAAAUGCACAAUUUCUAUAUCAAGUUUACUAUCAACCAUUCAAAGUGAAUAAUUUCAGUAGCUUUGAAUUUUUAAUUCCAAUUUUUUUUUUACAAGUUUUAUGAAAAGGCCUGAGAUUGUAUAGCAAGUAGCCAUAUUUAUUCAGUUUAUUCCUGUGUAAUAUCAUGAAAGUAAAUGUACUCUUGAUGACUUCCUGUGUGCAAGAAAUGGAGAUUGUUGUAAAUUCCAUGUUUUUGUAUGUCGUAAAUGAAUUGUAAUGAAAAUAACUUGUAUAUUGCUCAUUUUUACAAGGAUGUAAAUAUAUGUCUAUCUAUAAACCGCACAAAAUGAA